AUGACUUCAACUGAGAUGAGAGGAUCAAGGAGUGAUCAUCCACCAGUUCAAGGUACUGAAAAUACCCAACAAAAAAUUGUUGGCAGGCAGCAUGAUUCCAAGAAAAACAAGGUGAAGGAUGAAAUCAAUAAAACUGUUCCCUUUCACAAACUUUUCUCAUUUGCACAUCCUUGGGAUUAUUUUCUGAUGAUUGUUGGGGCAAUAAGUGCUGUUUCUAAUGGAAUCUGUCUGCCUUUAAUGACUUCAUUUAUUGGAGAUGCUAUUGAUGCAUUCGGAAGACAUACUAAUAAUACACAAGAAGUAGUUCAUGAAGUUUCCAAGGUGUCUCUAAAGUUUGCAUCCAUAGGUGCAGGUGCCUUUUUAGCAGCAUUCCUGCCGACACAUGCGUGCAAUCUUCCAGAGGUGUCUUGCUGGGUGAUCACUGGGGACAGACAAGCUGCAAGAAUUAGAGCCUUGUACCUCAAAGCAAUUUUGAGACAAGAUAUCAGCUUCUUUGACAAGGAAACCACAAGUGGAGAGGUUGUUGGAAGGAUGUCAGGGGACACAGUUCUUAUUCAAGAAGCCAUGGGAGAGAAGUUAGGAAAGUUCAUUCAGCAUAUGUCAAGUUUUUUAGGUGGCAUAAUCAUAGCCUUCACCAAGGGUUGGCUUCUAAGCCUUGUCCUUCUAUCUUCUCUUCUUCUUCUUGUCCUCUCGGGUUCCAUAAUGAACUUCGCUUUUGCUAAGAAGGCAUCUCGCGGACAAGCAGCUUAUUCUGAAGCAGCAACAGUAGUGUAG